AUGCUCAAGAUUGUUGGCCGUUCCAGAUCUAUCAGAGGCGGUGGUGGUGGAGGUGUCAGUUCUGGGCAUGCAGGAGUGUCCAAGGCGCACGGCCCGUACACGCCCCUCGUCAGCGAGCCAGGCCAUGUAUCAGGACCGACCCUGCAAAACUCGACGGUGCUAGGUCUUGUUGAUAAUGUGGACGAUCCCGCCGUUUCCUUCUCUGAUGGCAGAAGCCCUUACCUCAACCGCCCUCUUCCCCCACCUCCACCACCAAAGACCUCUGUCACGAUGCCGGGCCGGCCAACCACAUCGGGGGGCCUUACUACGGGAAAGGGCAUGGGGAGCCGCAACUUUGACAAGAGGAUAUCGAGAGAUGACAUGUUUCUGAAGCCAGCGUCCAAGGCAGCCUUUGACAACAGGAGAAUCUCGAGAGACGACAUGUUUGUUGGGAGGAAGUCGUCUUCCAGAGCAGCGUUUCACGUCCCCAUCCGGACCCAGUUACCAACACCAGAGUCCAGCCCACGCUACGAGGCGCCCCCGAUGGCAGCCAUUCCGGCCAGGAUGGCGACUCCGGAGUCGCUCAGGUCGGGAGAGAUCCAGAUCGGCAUGGCGUUGGGCAGCCCUUCCCACCCGCCGUCAGUAGCGAGCACAGCAUGGCAGCCACAGAUGCCCGUCGUGAGGGAGGCAGCCCCGUCUUCUGCUACCAAAUCAGAACAGCCUUUGCAACGAUCGAAGACGAGGAGGAAGAUAUUUGGUAUCUUCGGCAGCAGAAAGCAUGCCGAGCCAGCCAAGGCCCAACUGGAGUCGAGUGACUCGGAGAGCGCUGCGACGACUCCCGUUCGCGCAGUUGCUCAGAGCCCGAGGGAGGGAGCGCCGAUGCGAAGCAACACUCAGACACAGAGACCUAAACACCAACCGCUCAUGGUCCGAACCAACACGGAGCCUUUUGCAAAGAGCCCCCUGCGAGAAGCGAGCACUCAGCCGGUGUUGAGAUCAAAGGCUUCAGAGCCCGCGUUUGGCCACUCUCACAGAUCGCGAGCCGCAAUGCAGGACUCUCUGCAAGUCCCGGCCGCCAGGUCUGUGAGCCGGCCGGCAAGGAGUCCUUAUCUCGAUAUUGAGAUCCCCGAUGUCAAGAUGGAACGGUACAGCGUGAUGUUUGGGAGCCUGCUCAACCAGCAGAAGCAGCAGCAGCCGGCCUCCUCUCUCCUGGCCAGGCGACAGGCAACCCUCGACAAGCUCAAGAACAUCAACGACCGCAUCGUUCAGGAGGAAGAAGCAAGACACCCUGUACGAGACACGGUACGAGAGAAGCGAGCUUCAUCGCCACAGCCGACAAAGUCGCCAGGCUUCACGCUCUUCCCACCGACUCCCUCGACAGCGAAACACGUAGACUCACCUCCAAUGCCACCGCCGCCUAUGCUCUCUCCGAGGUUGAGAUCCAACACUUCGCCUGCACUCCUCCAGUCUCCGGUCAAGACGACUUUCGAGCACGCCGCCCAAGAACCAUCACCGUCACUCCAUCCGGACCGGCCCAAGGGGAGCCGCUUGCAAGUCAAUCCGCUGAGAGGCAACCCGACAAUGAGGAGCGAGGCUGUAUACGAAACCCGCGAGUUGCGAAAACCGAAACCCGUCUAUUUCGAUCCGGAUCAAUCGAGUCUCAUACUGGACUCGCCAGACGAGCUGAGCGAGGACGAAAGCAGAUUGACGCGGCCAUUCAAUCCCGAGAUUCCUGAGCCACAGUGGCAGAUGGCUUCUCCGCUGACGCCGGCCCCGCCAUCUUCAACGUCGUCGAGUGCGAGCAGCACGCGCAAGAGAUCCCGAUCCUCUGUGUCAUCUGUCAAGACCCACGUGACGAAACCGUCCGUCGAGAUCAAUGAGGCGGAUUCGGUUCUGAAGAACGCAGUUGAAGUCUCCAUCGCAAGGCAAAUCAGCAUUUCCCGUCAGCAGCGACAGAUGCUGAGGCCUCUCCAGUCGAGCACCAUUCAGUCUUCAAGGCGACGGGCAAAUACGACGACGACUGGACCGGUUCGAAACCAACUUGGACGCAACGAAAAACUCCAGGAAACGAAGUCUUCAACACCGACUCUGGUGGUGCCCCCAGAGGCGAUGGAACGGUCGCAGCUCAUGCAACACCGCAAGAGCGAGCGUGUGGUCCUGGAGGCUGCCUAG